GCAGAUAAUGCCAAAGAAGUAUUUAAUGAAGAAUAUAAUAAACAAAAAAGUGAUGAGAUAAGCAAUAAUUCUGAUGAACAAGAAAUAGAAGUGAAUAAAAUGAGUAUAGAAACAUCAAAUAUAAAGAAAUCACCUAGAUUAGAGCUUAUAGAAGUAGAAAUAACCUCAGUUGAAACCCAAUAUAAAACAAAAGCAAUAACAACAACUAAAAACAUAGCAAAGAGUAUGGAAGGAAUUAAAACAACUUAA